AUGCCAUUUACCAAGCCUCACAGUCUCCCUUCCGAUGGCUAUGAUUCACAGACAGCCUGGCGUGAUAUUCAGAAAUUUCUACCCGAUCGUCUUCACUUCACGCCUGAACAUUGUCCAACGGAAGAAUGGUGGGAGCAUAAGGGAUACAAGCUACACUUGGAUCGAUGGCGUAACUCAGAAGCCAAGAUUCGGUUGAUACUACAUCAUGGUGUUGGAACCAAUGGCCGCCAAAUGUCCAUGAUUCUUGGAGUUCCUUUGCACAAGGCCGGCUUCGAGCUUGUCGCUCUCGACAUGCCUGGCUACGGCUGCACAGAAGUGUCCGAUGGCCAGGUUUGGUCAUAUGACGAUUGGGUUCAAUUGUCAAGCGAUUUCGUCGACCACGAAAUGGAGGCGGAUCCGCGGCCUAUUGCUCUCUACGGUCUGAGUGCUGGUGGAAUGCUGACCUAUCAUUCUGCCGCUCUCAACCCGAAGGUCAAGGGCAUUAUUGGCAUGACUUUCCUUGACCAGCGCAUUCAGCAAGUCGCCGACGCAACCGCGAGAAACAUUCUUAUGAGCCGAGUCGGACUGCCCUUCACUCGCGCUGCUAACGCAACACCUUUCACUCGUAUUAAGAUACCCAUGUCGCUUGCAAGCAAAAUGUCGACGCUGGUCAACAACAACAAUGCCUUGAGGGUCUUCCUAAAUGACAGCACUUCAGCAGGCGCAUCUGCCUCGAUGCAUUUCUUAGCAACAUACUCUCAAUACAAACCGGCGAUGGAACCAGAAGCCUUCGAUGUGUGCCCCGUCCUGUUAACCCAGCCUGCACAGGACAGAUGGACGCCCUUGGAAUUGAGCAACCUAUUCCUGCCUCGAAUUACCAAGGUUCCCGUAAAAACGGUGCAGCUUGAGAAUGCGGGCCACUAUCCCCUUGAGGAACCUGGACUGCAACAAAUGGCGGACGCUAUUGUUGAGUUUUUAAACGAGAUAAGCCACUAA